CUGGUGUUGUUUUCUCCGCCACACGUUCAUGUGAACUGUCAAGCCAGCCGUAACGACGCGAGCUGCUCGGGACCCUCUGCACGGGAAACCACCCUGAAUGGACUACCGCACAACCGAAAGAACCAGAGAGCACCUUUUUCAUUUCGCCGAGGAGCAAAGAAAUAACAUAUGUCCGCGUUUGCCGCUGAGGAAAGCGCGCGGGGAUGCUUUCGCGCGGCGGGUAUACUGAGAGUAACGCGCGCGCUUAAUGAUUCGUAUUUAGACAAGUAGCUAAUUAACUAGUAAUUACAUAAGUGGUAUUUAAACCGCCAGUGUGGUUCGCGUGUCUGCUAGUAGGCUAAAAUUAGAACAACGCGCUGCCAGCCGAGGACACGGUGGUAUUUAUUCAGUAGGACUUUUUCAUUUUUCAUCAGCGCACCUUGGAUUUCAGUCUUUAUCACAAAGCAAGUGUGGAGCCCAGGACCAGGUCAAAACAAUUCCAGACAGACCUGAAUCGGAGAGAGAGAUGACCCUAGUUUUGUCCAUGAAUCCUUUCCUGGACCCAGAGGGAGACCCUCCACUCUCCACAUACCAGCCCAUAUGGGAAUCGGAGCGCUGCACCAAGACCUGCUUGUCAAACAAUGCCCCACCAUGCAGCUCUGAAGAGCAAUUUACACAAGAAACCCCCUGUAGGCGAGUUCCUGAUCAUGUCUCAGUAUCAAGGAUUGCGUACUUCAAGAGGAAGUUUGUUGAUGAUGACGAUGAGCCACCCUUCAGUUUCAGGACAUACUGCCAGACUGUUGCACCAGUUUUGGAGGAGCGUGCACAUGUGCUGCGCCUCUCCCUGGAGAAGAUGCGAUUCAUCGACGACCCCGAGGCCUUCCUCCGACGCUCCGUCCUCGUUAACAACCUCCUUCGGCGCCUGCGGGCCGAGAUCCUGCUCCAGAGCACUGACUGGUGUUUCCCACCCAACCCAGCAUUUACCACCGGCCCCUGCAUCCCACCGCCCAGCACUAACCCUGCCCAUCAGGCGCUCCACGGAACGGUGCCCACCCGGAUCUGCUUAGCACCCCAAGCUGGACCGCCCUUUCGUAAGCGCUUCCGGAUGGUCCGUGGAGGACAGGGGGAUGUACGCCCUGACUGUGCCCAGACAUGCUGCUGCAUCUAUGCAGCGGCAGCCGCUGCGGGACACUACCUCCACCUCCCGUUUUCCAUGUAUGAUGCAGCACUCUCCACCUGCCCGUCCACGCCACACUCCUCCUCCUUCUUUCAGCUAGCUAGCCAUAGCAAGUUGGGGCUGACAGUGGCCAUAGAGGAGCAUGACGACGAGGAUGAAGAUGUUGAGGAGGAGGAGGAAAAUGAAGAAGAAGAGAGAGAAGAGGAGGAAGAGGAGGAGGAAGAAGAUGAUGAAAGAAGGCAAGCUGGGCCCUCCCUUGAUAUUGUUAAAGACAAGUCAAGCCUGAAAAGCAGGACUAGGACCUUGCUGGGUCAUGCACACACAAGGACAGAGGAGGGCAGCUGCAUGACAGGUAGAGUAGAGGAGGAGGAAGAGGGAGAGCAGGAGGAGGAAGAGGAGGAGGAGGAGGAGGAAGAGGAGCAGGUUGUGAGACCUUGUCAGUGGGACUCUAUUGCCUCAGAAAGGGAGCCCCACAAGGCCAGCAUGUGGCACUGCAGGGCUCAUAGACAAUAGAAAUUACUACAUUCUAAGUCUGUAAAUGUAAUGAUGACGACGACUGUCAUCAGUGGAAGAUUAUUUCUCCUCAUAGCAGAUGAAGGCGUGAGCUACCUACGCUAUAGUUAUGCCAAGUCAGCUUUAUGUUAAUGGUCCAAUAUACUCCAGGGUGGCACACAGACAAACUCCAUUCAACUCAAUUGCUAAUGUUAUGAUUGGAUGAAAAAAAAUGACAGUUCUUGGCCGUUGUUGGCACGGGAAAAAUAAUUAGAAAAGAUAAGGUCACAUAUGGUGGGAUCUUAAAUCCCAAAAGUGAAGUGAAUCUUAAUAUUGCACUGUCUGCAAGACCAUUUUUAAGCCCCACAGCACAAAACUACAGGUCUCAAGUGGGGCUUUAUAUUGGUGCAACGGUCUCUUUUCAGGACCCUAAACAAACCUAUGAAAUAAAGGGUUGUGGAUUUGGUGUGCUUCUGUGCAUAUGUGUGUGUGUGUGUGUGUGUGUGUGUGUGUGUGUGUGUGUGUUUGCAAGAUACGAUGUAGCAUUUUAAAACUUGAUUUUAAGCUGUUCUUCUUAUUAAACAUGGGUUACACGUGAUUAUGUGUGCCUGCUGAUUUUGACGCUGUCUCAGGCAAUGGCGAGCGACUGUGCUACAGUGGCGGCACGAUGUGUAUUCUUCAAAUUAUUUUAAGAGUCAACAAUCAUAAACAUUGGAAAUGUUAAAUCACAAUUUCAAGUGCCUUAGUGUUUUUAUAGAUACAUGUAUAUUGUGUGUUAAUGUAAUUGUUCUUGUUACUAAGUAGAUAUCUUGCAUUCGCAGAGACUGCGUUCGACUCAAACAGGACACAGGCAUGUAGUUAAAUGCAGGGAUUCUUUCAAAUGAUGACAUUUCAAAGCAAAGUAAAUUUCCACUCCCAAAAUGUCUGUUUGUUUUUACUUCAAAAUGCAUGUGUUCUAGUGCUACCUGUCUUGAUAAUGCCCAAACUUAAAGCCGACUGAAGCUGUUCAGAACCUCAUUUACAUUAGUUUGAUUUUACCAGAAAAGGCUUGUUAUGCUUUGGUUGCGCUGUCCAUUGAUGAGGUUUCACUGAAACACCUAAAAACAUCAAGGGAUCUUGCACCUUGAUACUAACAGCAAAGCGUUGAAGUCUGUGCAGCAGUAUAAAUUACUUGAAUCACAAACGGUCGCUUCCCCAGCUUCAUCACAGAUCGAUGUGUAGCAAACACAAGAGGACGGGGCAGAUGGAUAAAUGUCAUUUGCAGUUUUUUUGUGUAUGUAAAAAGAAAAGCUCCACUAUUUGUAAGCUAAAGGAAUAGUUUGACAUUUGAGGGAAUGUAUGUAUUUGCUUUCUUGCUGCGCAUUAGAUGAGAAGAUCGACACCAAAGUUAACAAAAUCUUCUUAUCUUCACCUCGAACGCUCACUAAUUAACACGUUAGACCUCUGUGUUAUCCUCCUGGUGUCUCAAAUUUCUGCGCCUGACCAAGAAAUAGUAAAACCACAGUAUGCCAUUUUUACACUUGAUGUGUUGUUUGGAUUAAUUAGUCAAAUAGAGAGCUUUAGAGGUGUUGGGAGGUGGAUUUUCUUUUCCCCCUUUCCAGCCAUUAUGCUAAGAAAAGCAAACUGGCUGCUGGCUGUAGCUUCAUAAAUACUGCACAGACAUGACACUGAUAUCAACAUCUUCUCAUCUAACUCCCAGCAAGAAAGCGAGUAGCCGGUAGAACCCGCCUCUAUUGAUCCACACCUAUGUGUGUCGCCUGAAGUUCCGGGCAAGCGUCUAGAAUCGAGCAAGUUAGAGUGAAAUCAUGUCGGUUGAACAGUGUCUACUUGAUGAAAAGAAACCAAUCAAGGACAGAUACAAUACAAAACCAGUUCUAAUCCACAUUUAUGAGCCUGUAAUGGUGGCAUGAUCAGUGGUUUCCAGUUUGUUGCUGUGUUUCGUUUGGCACCUCUGAAGAUUCGGGUCCCAAACCCAAACCAAAGCUGUCAUAAAAGUAAAGAUUCAGUCGGUCGACUUUUCUUUUUUGUGACGUAUGUUGAGGUGCAACAAUUGGAUGGUCUCAGUUGGUUUGUCAGGUAGAAUUAUUCCUGCCUUGCCACUUGUCCUAUCUUUUCUCUGAUGUAAAAAAAAAAAAUACAGUUUGCAUCCCCAACUGUUUUGGCAUCAGUGACACAUCGACACCUAGAUACGUACAAGGACUAAUGAGUACCAGCCUAUUUCAUUACAUUUCUCUAAAUCCUAAACGAUGAAACCCAGUAAUUAUCAGUGGUAUUUUUUUAAAAGAUGAAAAAAAAAAUUGACAAAGCAAUAUUUGUUUCUGAGACAAGAACAUGUAACUGCAUUGUCUGUAAUUAAAAACAACAAAAGAGCAAGUCUGCUCUGAUAAUUUUAUGUGAUGUUCUGUGACAAGUGUAAA